GCGCGCGCAGCUGCUGCGGUGAUCCAUCCGCGCGAGCAGGAGCUGCAGGAGCAGCGGCACCAGCGCGGACGGAGCCGUUGGUUUUGGAUAUUUUAAACAUUUGAAUUUAAACAUUUGAAAUUUUAAAGAGUGACCGUUAACGGCUUUAGCGGUCGCCGGGGUUUUAGCCGUCGAUAUUUCGCUCGUUACGGCGUUUUUGCUCGCUGCUCGACAGAUUUACCCCUCGCAGAGAUACACAGGGAGAGCGGUGGGAGUGUGUGUGUGUAUGUGUGUAUGAGAGUGUGUGUGUGUGUGUGACAGGGCCAGAGACAGACGGACGGAUGGGAUUCCCGGUUUGCUAGCGUUAGCUUCAGCUUGAUGGAGGAGGAACCGAGCGGCGCUGUGAAUUAUUGAUAAUCACCGUCGCGGCGCUUCAGAGGAAAAACAGCACCGAGAAAAGAUGCAUCUCCACCAGGUGCUGACCGGAGCCGUGAACCCGGGGGACUGCUGCUACUCGGUGGGAAGCGUCAACGACAUCCCCUUCACGGCGUACGGUUCAGGAUGUGAUAUAGUGAUCUUGGCCAGUGAUUUUGAGUGUGUGCAGAUCAUACCUGGAGCUCAAAAUGGAAAUAUCCAGGUGGGCUGUGUCGAAUGCUCACAUCAACUCGGACGGAUUGCAGCAUCCUAUGGGAACACUGUCUGCAUUUUUGAACCAAUUUCUACAAACCCAAAUAAGAGGCAUAAGCAACUUAACUACCAGUGGCAGAAGACUGGGCAGUUCUUGCUUAAUGCAAUGACAUACAAUCUGGCCUGGGAUCCACAAGGUAACCGUAUACUGGCGGCGACUGAGCGGCUGCAGCUUUGGGCUCCACCUUCCAGCGACACGCUCAUGGAGGAAGAGGAUGGUCAACUGACUGAUGAUAAGCCACACCCCAUCCUUAAUGACUGGAAAUGUGUUUGGCAGUGCAAGACUGCUGCUGCUGUGCUUGUAAUCAAAUGGUCUCCGGAUGGGGAAUACUUUGCCACCGUGGGGAAGGAUGACUGUCUGUUGAAGGUGUGGUACCCCACUACAGGCUGGAAGUCUGCAAUGGUGAUCCCAGAGGUGCCGGACAGGAAGGCUCCUUUGGUGCAUUUCUCCUUUGUCUACUUGGCUCACCCUCGAACAGUUACAGGCUUUUCCUGGAGGAAGACCAGCAAGUACAUGCCCAAGGGGUCUGUGUGUAACGUGCUGCUGACCUCUUGUGUGGAUGGUAUCUGUCGGCUGUGGAGUGAGACGCUGCUGCCGGAGGACAGCCUGCUGGGGGGUCAGAUCACGGAGAACAGCACCAGCGUCAGUUCCUCUCUGCCCCACAGUGGCCAGAAGGACAAGAUCCAGCAUGCUCUGGAGUCAAUCCACCACCUGAAGCAGCUGAGACGGGGUCGGAGGAGAUCCUCUGCACUGGUGGCUCAUACAGAGCUGCUGCCUAGCCAGCUCGGCUCACAUGAAACACACCGGCACAUCACACACCACGCCAGUGCCCUGUGCCACUUCCACAUCUCGGCCAGCAUCAACCCCAAUACAGAUAUCCCGGCGGCGCUGGCUGGUUCAGGACUGUUUUCUCCUACUGAUGGCAGUGGGGGGUUUGUGGUGCACUGGUUGAAUAAUAAAGACCUGAGCUUCACGUCCUCGAUGGAUCAGUUCAUGCAGCAGCUGAGGAAGUUCUCAGAGCAGCAUCUCGAGCACAAUGCAGAAGAACUUCGACAGGAGGGCACUGCCAAGUUUGACUUUGAUCUGGAUGAAAUGUCUGACAAGGCAUCUGAGCACGAAGAGGGUGAACAGGAGGGCAGCACCAAGGCCUCGUCCCCCGGCUCCAGCAGCAGCAUGCCUCAGCCCUCUGUCCUUCUUGACCGCAAGAUGGAGGCGCUCACCUUGGAAUGGAACAAGAGCCCUGACAUGCUGUUCACCAUCCACCCUGUCGACGGAUCCUUCCUCGUAUGGCACGUCAAAUAUCUGGAUGAGUUCAUCCCUGGAAUUUUUCGCCAGGUCCAGGUGGCGUUCUCCUCACGGAUUCCUGUAGCGUUCCCCACAGGUGAUGCUAAUUCUCUGAGUAAAAACAUCAUGAUGUACGCCUGCACCUUUAUUGACCGUGACGGCGAGGGCGCUCUGGAUUCAGAAAAGAAGGACUGUCAGGUCACGCAGAGCGCGUCCGCGUCCGCCGGCCUCAGCUCUCUCGGCCACUCCCUCGCUGCUGUGAUUGGUCCUGCUGUAAUGAUGGUGUCCAAGCAUGUUGAUGGAUCCCUCAACCAGUGGGCGGUCACCUUCGCCGAGAAGUCAGCUUUCUCAAACGUUCUCACAGUUUCACACAAGUACCGUUACUGCGGACAUCGCUUCCAUCUCAACGACCUGGCCUGCCACACCGUCCUGCCACUUCUGCUGACGUCCUCGCACCACAACGCCCUGCUGACUCCACCCUCUGGACCAGGCAGCUCUGAUGGAGACCAGGAAGGUGGACCUCUAAGACCUGUCCGGCCAAUGAGAGGCGUCCCCCAGAAGCAAAUGCGGAAUGCGGCGACACGCACUUUCCACGACCCCAACGCCAUCUAUAGCGAGCUGAUCCUGUGGCGCGUGGAUCACAUUGGCCCGCUCUCCUGCACUGGAGGCGUGUCCGAGCUCGCACGCAUCAAUUCCCUUCACACGUCUGCGUUCUCCAAUGUAGCCUGGCUGCCCACACUCGUCCCCAGCUCUGUACUCGGCACAUAUUGUAACUCCGCAAGUGCUUGUUUUGUGGCCUCGGAUGGGAAAAAUCUGCGACUGUACCAGGCCGUGGUGGAUGCCAGGAAGCUGCUAGACGAACUGUCUGAUCCAGAGACCUCUAAAUUGGUGGGUGAGGUGUUCAACAUUGUCAGUCAGCAGUCCACCGCUCGGCCCGGCUGCAUUAUUGAGCUGGAUGUGAUCACCAACCAGUGUGGCUCAAACACACAGCUGCUCCACGUCUUCCAGGAGGAUUUUAUUUUAGGAUACAAACCUCAUGAUGACAUUGCUGAUAUAAGUGCUGCUGAUUUCCACUCUGCUGAAGAGUACCGCCCCCCUCCGUUCUCGGAGAAGUUCUUCCUGGUAGUGAUUGAGAAGGAUGAGAAUAGGAACUCUGUGCUGCAGAUGUGGCAUCUGCAUCUGAAGUCCGUCCAGGCUUGUGUGGAUGAACCAGCCCCCGAGCCAUUUUUCCAGAACCAGCUGACAGUUCCACAUGCCCUGAAUAAUGCUGACUCAUCCCCAGAAACAACUCCAGGUCACAGCCCACUUCCUCGCUCCUCUUCCUCUGCUAAUCUUCAGUCUGCCAGCAAACUCAUUCUCAGCUCCAAACUCGUCUAUAGCCAGAGGCUGGAGCUCCCUCUAGGUGUGGAGGUCAUCCGUGUAACUCCCUCAGCAGGUCACCUGAGCUCCUCCUCCAUCUAUCCAGUGUGUCUGGCACCGUACCUGCUUGUUAUGACCUGUUCAGACAGUCGCGUUCGCUUCUGGAGGUGUGCAGUGGAGACCGACACGUCGGCCCCGGAUCCGGAGGAGUCGCGCACGUACUGCUGGGAGCCUUGGUGCCUGCUGAAUGAGGAGGAAGACAACAACAGUGCACUUGUGGUUAGUGGCCGACCCGUGGCAGUCAGCUGCUCGUACACCGGCCGCCUCGCUGUGGCGUUCAAGCAGCUGGUCCCGAGUUACGAAAGCUCAUCAUCUAAAGACUUUUCAAUGCACGUGUCCAUCUAUGAGUGUGAGUCAACGGGGGGUUCAGAGUGGGUUCUAGAACAAACCAUCCACCUGGAUGACUUCAGCAAACCGACGAACGCCCUGGACUCCAGAGUGAGUGUGGACAGCAACCUGGUGGUGUAUAGCAAGUCUGAUCUAUUUGUGACCAAAGACAGCCCUAACAUUAAGCACUUUGUGCACCUCGACUGGUUGUCCAAGGAGGACGGCUCGCACAUCUUGACCGUCGGAGUGGGGUCUAAUAUCCUUAUGUACGGCCGCAUCUCUGGGAUAGUCACCGAACAGACUGGGGGCAAGGACGGCAUGGCAGUUAUUACUCUGCCACUCGGGGGCAGUGUGAAGCAGGGCGUUCGGUCCAGAUGGGUUCUUUUGCGCGCCGUGGAUUUGGUAUCAUCAGUGGAUGGGACACCAUCUCUUCCUGUGUCUCUGUCCUGGGUGAGAGAUGGUAUUUUAGUCAUUGGAAUGGACUGCGAAAUGCAUGUUUAUGCUCAAUGGCAUCAGGAUAAAAAACCUGGUAAUGCUGAAGACCAUGCUGUGACUUCUCCGGACGACGGCAGCCGCUCUGCCUCUGUUCCCGCCGAGAGCCGCGGGAGAUCUAAGAGCGUAUUUGAGAGCGGCACGGCGAUCGAUGACGUUUUCCGCGUUCCUGCUGUGAUCCAGGAUGGCGGCUUGUUUGAAGCAGCCCAUUCGCUAUCUCCCACACUCCCACAGUAUCAUCCAACUCAGCUGCUGGAGCUGAUGGACCUGGGCAAGGUCAGGCGAGCCAAAGCAAUCCUCUCCCAUCUGGUCAAGUGCAUUGCUGGGGAAGUUGCUGUGGUGAGGGAUAUAGAGGGAGGUGAAGGCGGAGGAAGAAGACACCUGUCCAGGACCAUCAGCGUGACCGGAAGUACAGCCAAAGAUACCAUCGUUGCCGGACGCGAUGGAGGGCGAGAUUAUACCGAAAUUAACUCAAUCCCACCCCUCCCUCUUUAUGCUCUGCUCUCUGCUGACCUGGACACCUCCUACAAAGCAGGGGAAGAGAUGGGCAAAGGUGGGAAAGGUCAAGAACGAGAGAUACAGAAAUCUUCAGAAGAUCAGUACGCCGACCUCUUCCAGGUUCAGGCAGUGACCACUGAUGAUUUCGUAAGUUUUGCGUCGGAGAAGCCGGAGAAGAAGACUCGAGUGAUUAAUCUGUCAAUGUACGGGCCAACCUACUUCGGACCCGAGCAUGCCCAAGUUCUCUCCUCCCACCUGAUGCACUCUAGCCUGCCUGGACUCACCCGCCUUGAGCAGAUGUUCCUGGUGGCUCUCGCUGAUACCGUGGCAACCACCAGUGCUGAAGUGGGAGGAGCCACGGAUAAGCAGUACACAGGUGGGGAAGCUUUAGAUGAGUGUGGUCUGCGGUACCUGCUGGCAAUGCGGCUGCACACCUGUUUGCUUACUUCACUGCCCCCUCUCUACCGGAUCCAGCUACUGCAUCAAGGCGUCUCUACAUGUCACUUUGCGUGGGCGUUUCACUCUGAGGCAGAGGAGGAAAUGUUGUACAUGAUUCCGGCCAUGCAGCGGGGUGACCCACUGUGGUCUGAACUUCGUGCCGUCGGCGUUGGCUGGUGGAUUCGAAAUAUUAACACGCUGAGGCGCAUGGUGGAGAAGGUUGCCAAAGCAGCGUUCCAGAGGAAUAAUGAUCCUCUAGAUGCUGCGUUGUUCUACUUGGCCAUGAAGAAGAAGGCUGUGCUCUGGGGCCUCUUCAGGUCUCAGCAUGAUGAGAAGAUGACCCAGUUUUUCAGCCAUAACUUCAAUGAGGACCGCUGGAGGAAAGCAGCCCUGAAGAACGCUUUCUCUCUGCUGGGGAAACAGCGCUUUGAGCAGUCUGCUGCAUUUUUUCUGCUUGCUGGAUCUCUUAAAGAUGCCAUCGAGGUUUGUUUGGAAAAGAUGGAGGAUAUUCAGCUGGCCAUGAUCGUUGCCCGUCUGUACGAGUCCGACUUCGAGAGCUCCUCCACCUGUCAGGGCAUCCUGUACGAGAAGGUGCUAGGCUGCAAGAGAGAUGGCACUGGCUUCUCCUGUACCAAACUGCACCCUGACCCCUUCCUCAGGAGCAUUGCAUUCUGGAUAAUGAAGGACUAUACCAAAGCUCUGGAUACACUGCUGGAGCAAACACCCAAAGAGGAUGAUGAAAACCCAGAUGUGAUGGUGAAAUCCUGUAACCCCGUGGUGUUCAGCUUCUACAACUAUCUGCGCACGCACCCUCUGAUCAUCCGGAGGCACUUCGCCGGUCCCGAUACCUCUGUGGCCCCGGUGGGCCUGACCUCUGAGCGAAGCAGUGCAGACGAAAUCAACCUGAUUGAGCGCAAGCUGUUUUUCACCACUGCUAAUGCUCACUUUAAGGUGGGCUGCCCUGUCCUGGCCCUCGAGGUGCUGUCCAAGAUCCCAAAAGUCACCAAAAAAGCUCUCAGCAAAGGGUCGUCUCAGGGGAACGUUAGCGCCUCCCAGCCACAAGAAAACGGAGGCCGAGCGUCGGAUCUGAACUGGAGUGCUCCGGUGCCGACCCAAGCCUGGGGUGCAGAUUCUUCUGCAGGUUUGGACUGGAGUCAGCCCUUGAUAAAGACAGAAGAUGAAGGACUGCAGCUGGACUGGGGUGAAAACAAGGAUGAGGAUGAAGAUGAGGAGGAGGAGGAUGGUGGACUGACUAUGAAGAAACCAGAGCCCAGUGAGAAGGCGGAGCAUCUUCAGCGCAGUGAUUCUGCCAGUGAGUCGGAGGUGGACGUGAUCGCAGAACAGCUGAAAUUCAGAGCGUGUCUGAAGAUCCUGAUGACGGAGCUGCGGACGCUGGCGACCGGAUAUGAGGUGGACGGUGGUAAACUCCGCUUUCAGCUCUACAACUGGCUGGAGAAGGAGAUCGAGGCCAUGCAUCGCAUCUGCAACUAUAAGGUGGAAGGGAAAGAGGUGGGAAGCGAGCUGGAGAAAUGGGGUGGAGAAGGUUCGAUUGAUCUGGAUGAUUCACAGGAGAGGGGUGAAGCAGGUGCAUAUGAGCGCCACCAGCUGGAGAGGCGCAGGCUGCAGGCCAAACAGCUGCACGCAGAGCGGCGCAAGGCCUGGCUGAGGAAAAACCAGGCUCUGCUCAGAGUCUUCCUCAGUUACUGCAGCCUGCACGGAGCCAAAGGCGGAGGAGUCACUUCUGUCCGGAUGGAACUUCUCUUCCUGUUGCAGGAAUCUCAGCAGGAGACGACAGUGAAGCAGUUGCAGUCACCGUUGCCAUUGCCAACCACGCUGCCCCUCCUCUCAGCUAGCAUUGCCCCCACCAAGACAGUCAUUGCUAAUCCGGUGAUGCACCUCUGCAACCACAUCCACGAUAUCCUCUUCACCAUUGUGCAGAUGGAGUCCACACCACACCCGGACAUGAUGGAUGAAAGGGUGCAUGCCCUUCACACUCUGGCUGCUUCUCUCUCUGCCUGCAUUUACCAAGCGCUGUGUGACAGCCACAGCUACAGUAGCCAGACGGAGGCGAAUCAGUUCACAGGGAUGGUGUAUCAGGGGCUGCUGCUGAGUGAAAGGCGGAGGCUUCGUACAGAGAGCAUCGAGGAGCAUGCCACACCCACCUCUGCUCCUGCACAGUGGCCAGGUGUGGCCUCUCUGAUCAGCCUGCUGGUGUGUGCUCAGGGUGAGGAACAGCCGCGGCUGAACGUGAUGCUGUGUGAGGCGGUGGUGGCCGUGUAUCUGAGUCUGCUUAUUCACGGCCUUGGCACACACUCGGGUAACGAGCUGUUUCGACUGGCAGCCCACCCGCUCAACAACCGCAUGUGGGCUGCAGUUUUCGGCGGGGGAGCCAAGCUCAUCGUCAAACCUAAACGGCCCCCGGAGAUCGCCCCAGCUGCGUUAGAGGCAGCACCUCCAGAGGAUCCUCAGGUCACUCCUCCAGUCCUUACAGUCACUCCUGCACCCCAUAACCCCGAGCCCGGGAACCACAAUGACCUCUCCCAGGAGACUGAUACACAGGCUGAGAGCUCUGGUAGCACUUGUAUGGAUUCAGAGAAGCCAACAGAGCAGCAGAUCGAGAAUAAAUCAGAUACAGCUGUUCCUGAUCACAUCAUUCAGAAUAAUGGUGAAGCUGUUCCUCCUCCGACUCCUCCUGCUGAAGAUGUGGAUCGGCAGCGCCGCCGGUUUAACAUGCGCAUGCUGGUGCCUGGACGACCCGUUAAAGAGACUCCAGCAACACCCCCACCAAUACCCACUGAGCGCCCCACCUACAAGGAGAAGUUCAUCCCCCCUGAGCUCAGCAUGUGGGAUUACUUCGUGGCCAAACCCUUCCUGCCUCCCUCCGACAGUGGAGCGCUCUAUGACUCAGAUGAGAGUGGAGCCAGUGAUGAUGAGGAUGAUGAUGAUGCCUUCCUCUCUGACACUCAGAUGACUGAGCACAGCGACCCAAACUCAUACAGCUGGGCUCUCAUCCGUCUGGUCAUGGUAAAACUUGGUCUGCACAAUGUCAAGACCUUCCUUCCUCUUGCAGGACUGGACUUUACAGACCUGCCGGUGACGUCUCCUCUCUGUAACGCUGUGCUGAAGUGUCUGGAGAACUGGGAGCAGCAGCUGCUGGACAAAAUGAACAAGUUUGAUGGUCCUCCACCAAACUACAUCAACACUUACCCUACAGAUGUCAGUGCAGGGGGAGGCCCUGCUAUACUGCGCCACAAAGCCAUGCUGGAGCCUGACAACACUCCGUUUAGGGCGAAGCACCACCUCUCGUUUCCUGUCCGUCGUCUGUGGCACUUCCUGGUGAAACAGGAGAUACUGCAAGAGACUCUGAUGCGCUACAUCUUCACCAAGAAGAGGAAGCAGAGCGAGUGUUUAGAGAACCAUGUGGACUACCUCACACAAAACUGCGUAGCAGGAGCUCGCAAUGGCAGAAAGGUGGAAGCUGAUCUCGGCUACCCCGGAGGCAAAGCUAAAAUUAUUCACAAGGAGUCUGACAUCAUCAUGGCUUUUGCCAUCAAUAAGGCUAAUCCAAGUGAGAUAGUGCUGGCAUCCACUCAUGAUGUCCAGGAGGUGGAUGUGUCCACUCUGCUGGCAGCCCAGCCGUUUACCUGGAUUGGAGAGGACUUUGACAAAGAGUCUCGCAGCUCUGAUGAUGACUAUCGCUCAUCCCACACCAACAUCGCAGCAGCCAGCGCUGGCCCCUUUGCUCCACCCCCAAUGCCAGUCUCCGCCUCUAUGCCCUGGCUUGGCAGCGGACAAACAAGCAUGGGUGCCAGUGUGAUUGUGAAGAGGAAUUUGAACAACGUGAAGAGAAUGACAUCCCAUCCCAUCUACCAAUACUAUAUGACAGGAGCUCAGGAUGGCAGUGUGCGGAUGUUUGAGUGGAAUCGCCCACAGCAACUCAUCUGCUUUCGGCAGGCAGGAAAUGCCCGAGUUACACGCCUCUAUUUCAACUCCCAGGGCAACAAGUGUGGAGUGGCAGAUGGCGAAGGCUUUCUAAGCCUCUGGCAAGUCAAUCAGACCUCAUCAAACCCCAAACCAUAUUUGAGUUGGCAGUGCCACAGUAAAACCUGCGGUGAUUUCUCCUUCAUCACCUCCUCGAGUCUCAUCGCCACAGCGGGGCAUUCCAACGAUGGCAGGAAUGUGUGUUUGUGGGACACCCUGAUCUCUCCCAGUAACACCAUGGUGCACGCCUUCCCCUGCCAUGAGAAUGGUGCAACGGUUCUGCAGUACGCUCCAAAGCAGCAGCUGAUCAUUUCCGGAGGGAGGAAGGGUUUCGUGUGUAUUUUUGAUAUUCGGCAGAGGCAGCUGCUACACACCUUCCAGGCUCACGACUCCGCCAUCAAAGCUCUAGCCAUGGACUCCAGCGAGGACUACUUCGUUACCGGGUCGGCCGAGGGCAACAUGAAGGUCUGGAAGUUAGCCGGUCACGGUUUGAUGCACUCCUUUAGUACCGAACACGCCAAGCAGUCCAUCUUCCGCAACAUCGGCGCCGGUGUGAUGCAGAUUGAGACCUGCCCGGGUAACCGCAUCUUCACCUGCGGCGCUGACGGCACGCUGAAGAUGAGGGUCCUGCCCGACCGCUACAACAUCCCGGCAAGCAUCUUCGACAUCCUCUAACCCUCGAACGGGUGGGAAAAUAACUAAAGCUUUGAGCAGCAAACCUGUUCGUUUACCUUAGCUGUGAAUCAAAAGUAACUUUGCGCUGCAAAAUGUCAUUGUUUUUUUUUUUGUUUGUUUAUUUUCUCCCCGAAGCGUAAAAAAAGCAAACGCAAGGUUACAUACUUGAUCCUAAAGAAUAGAUUACUGUAAUUUUUCUGCGAGCCGUGGCCUCGGGCCCGUAGCACUCGCUCGUUAGAGUGUUCUCAUAGGAAAGCUAUGCAUGUGCUGAAACUAGUCACUGCGGUGCAUUCACAAGAUUGUUGAUCGUGCUCUGUAAAAGUGCUCAAAGCGAAACUUUUUAAGUGUGUAUCUGUCGUCAUUUUGUGCCCACAGCUGAUAACUUUUAGCGUUUUAACUUACCAGCACUGUGCUUCAGUACCCAGUCGGUCAGUCAGUGAAAUCCGCUGUGAAUCAAAGUUGUUGCAUCCGCGUUUUUUAUUUAUUACUGUAAGUUAUUAUCUCGGCUGCUCACACAUUGCAGAGUUUGAAACGGCACAGAGCCCUGUUCCCCUGAUUGUGGGGACGCAGUGAAAAACGCGUUUAUUGCCCCAUAGCUGCUAUUAAAUGUGUCUCACUUUUUUUUUUCAUGUAGCCACUGUAGAAACUGUGUCCGUCUCUCUCACUACCUGCAGUCAAACCCUUCUUGUUUGCAUCGACACGGCACAUAAUCAUCACAAAUUGGUCGAGUGGAAGCAGUUUAAAUGUAGGCGACAUGUAGUCUAAUAUUUCUCAUUAUAAGGGAGUUAUCAGAUUUUUCCUAAUAUUUUUUUGUCACUUUUAAAUUUAGGGUAAUGAAGAUAUUUUAAUAUAAAACGAAAUAAUUUCUCGUUUUAAUUCCUUCAAGCAUCACAAUGUCUUAGAGGCAGUUAUCUAGCAGGUUAAAGAAAAAUCAAUAACCCUAAAAAACUCUCUUUAAAGAAUUUAAAGAGUCUAAAAUAAAGGAAAACUUAUCUUAUCUAAUCUAUUUAUUAUAUUCCUUAUUACAGCCAACAUUUAAUGAGCGAUAUUAGAUCAUGGUUAUAUUUGAUCUUUCACUUUUUUUGCUUUCUCUGUUUAUUCUCUCUCAUGUCUCCCACAGUUAAACCUAAAUCUGCAGAUUUACUCCUCUUACUCUUGUUGUAACCUGUCUGACACUCCUUACACCCAUUUAUACUUGAUGGCUCACAUUUUAAUCUGCUAGUUCAUCUCUCUCUCUCAGUUUCAUCCCCUGAUAGAUCUUUAAAUGUCCACUCUCUCGAUUUAAUCUCUCGUGUUUCACUCUGUGUAGUCGCUGAACUGCUCUCACUCGUCGUAUCUACAGUUAAAGCUGUCUCUCUGCAGUGAAAGCUGUCUCACUCUGCUGUUACCAAGCCCUGCCUCCAUAGCAGCCUCACUGCGAAACAUUCCACUGGGAAGAUGCUGUGUGUUCCCGUCAGCAGUGGUUUGAGAUGUUUACUCUUAUAUUUCAAGCACUGAAAAUGAUUCACUUUGACCAGAAACACUCUGUUUCAGUUUUUUCAGGUUUUGCACAAAAUGUUUCUGUAUUCGUUGUUUCUUUUUAUUUAUAUAUUUUUUUUUUUAUCUGAUUUUGUUUAGUUUAGUUUUGUUUUUCGUUAGUUUUCGUUUGUUCCUUUACAGACUACUGUAUUUCUGUUUAACUUAUUGCCUUUACAUUAGGAUUGUACGGUCAGUUCUUUAGGUAUCUGGGACACAGUGCGUCACUGAAUAGUUUGGAUGUUUCGUUUUCAUUCAGUGUUGAAACUCCGUAUAUAAAUAUGAAUAUUUGCACUCAAAUCUGGAGACACUAUAUAAAAUCUUAAAUUAAUGAGUGAAAAGCUAUUCUAGGGGGAAAACUGUUGUAUACAAAUGAAUGUCUGGCUAUGUGUGGCCGAGUAGUAUAAAUUUCAAAUAGUUUUAAAUGAAUAUAUAAAUAUAUAUAUAUAUAAGUAAAUAUACAAAUGAACUAUCGACAUAGCUUGUACAAACACAGCGAUAUUUUUAGUUUAUUAUUAUUACUAUGAUUAUUAUGAUUUGUUUUGUUUUUAUCAUACCUGCUGGAAUAGAUGUAUAUUUGGUUGGAUGUAUGUGGUAUUUAUUAAAACCUUUUGUGUUUGUGUCUGGUCUGCUGGCCACCAUGUCCACUGUAUGUAUCUGAGUGUUGAUCCAAUGCGUCCUUUUGCUUCUCGUCUGUUGUAUUUAAGCGUGUAUUUAUUGAACAGGUCAUAUGCCGUCUGUGAGAGGAAGUGCACAUUUAAUAGCCCUGGUGGAAAAAAUGUCUGGAUGAACAGGUUGUUCUCUCAUGGUCUAAGUUUUACCUUUGUAAGUAAGUUGAAUAAAUUCUUUUUAUUUCAAGAAGAA